AUGAGACUACCUCUACUAGUAUCUUCGCUGCGCCGUGCCUCGCAGUUCGCUGGAGUGAAGGAUCGAGUGAAGUAUGUACCGCGCCGUUCAUUGCUCUAUGUCCCUGCUAGCAAUCAAAAAAUGUUGGACAAGGUCCCCAAUAUAAAGGCUGAUUGUGUAGUACUUGAAUUGGAAGAUGGUGUAGCGUUGACAUCAAAGGCAUUAGCACGUACUCAAGCGACUAAAGCCCUUGAUAAGUUGGUCGAACAAAAACUUCUUUGUUUCGAAUUGGGAUUACGAGUGAACUCGGUUACAAGCGGUUUAUUGGAGGACGAUGUUAAGGAGGUAUGUAAAGCAAAGCAUCUCCCUCAAGCAUUUAUGGUGCCAAAAGUUGAUAGUCCUGAAGACGUAGCCGCUAUAUACGACAUAUUCAGAAGUAACUAUACAGCGAAACGAGUCACAGACACUAAUACCCGUCUGGUUAUAUGGAUAGAAUCGGCUAGAGCGUUACUCGAUAUGCCGCGAAUUUUAUCUUCAACGCUUAAUCUACAUAAAAAUUCCGGAUUUUUCAAAUUGGAUGCUGUUGUUUUCGGAUCUGAUGACUAUUGUGCUGAUAUAGGGGCUACUCGUACCCCAGAAGGCACCGAAGUUUUGUACGCCCGUCAACGGUUUGUCGCAUGCUGCAAAGCAUUCCAGCUACAAGCAAUUGAUAGCGUCUACAUUGACAUCAAAAAUCUGGAUGGUUUACGAAAGCAGUGCGAAGAAGGUCAAAAAUGGGGCUUCACUGGAAAACAGACGAUACAUCCAACACAAAUUCCUGUUGUACAAAAAGCUUUCAUGCCUUCUGCAGAAAAAGUUGAAUGGGCAACAGAACUGGUGCAUGCAUUCAGUCAACAUCAGGCUGAAGGGAAAGGAGCGUUCCAGUUUCGAGGACAAAUGAUCGAUCGACCGUUAUUACUCCAAGCGCUCAACAUCAUACAGUUGGUGGAGAGUGUAGGAGGCGUUGCAAAAGAAGAAUGA